AUGCAUCUCAUCAUCGACUGUAUCACCUUCACAGCCCUUCUCUCGAACCUAGCUGUCGCAGCCGGCACUCUAGGCUUCGAUCUUGGAUCCAAGCGCGCAGAUGGCAGCUGCAAACUUCAGGCUGACUACGAGGCCGAUAUGCAGGCCAUCGAGAAAGAGUCGGGCAGCGAGCUCGUCCGUAUCUACGCCGCAGAUCAGUGUAAGACGGCAAAGGAGAUUCUUCCCGCCGCCAAGAGCCAGGGCUUCCAGGUCGUUCUGGGUAUCUGGCCGGAUCUUGAAGAGUCAUACACGGUAGACAAACUUGCCGUCCUACAGCACGACACGGCGUAUGCCUCGCAGAUCUACGCCGUGACCGUCGGUUCCGAGACGUUGUAUCGAAGGAACUUUACAGGCCCGGAACUGGCGGCUAAGAUGAAUGACUUCAGGGUGUCGGCACCAGGAGUUCGAGUGGGCACGGCCGACAGUUGGAACAAGUUUCAGGACGGCACCGCUGACGCCGUGGUGAACACAGCGGACCUUGUCCUCGUAAAUGCGUUUUCAUACUGGCAGAAGCAGGCUGUGAGCAAUGCGACGGCGACCUUUUUCGACAGCAUUGCGCAGGCGUACCUUCACGUGGAAGACAGAGCACGAGGGAGCAAGAUGCCGGAGCUUUGGGUGGGAGAGACCGGAUGGCCGAGCGAAGGGAGCAGCUACGGAAACGCGACGCCUGGGAAGGCGCAGGCUGAGCAGUAUUACCAAGAAGCGGUGUGCGGCAUGAUCGGUUGGGGGUACAACGUCUUUGUGUUUGAGGCAUUCGACGAGCCUUGGAAGCCGAAUGCCGUGGGUGAGAAUGGUGUGGAGGCGCCCGAGGGUCAUUGGGGCGUCAUGACGGCCGAUCGGCGAGCCAAGUUUUCCCUUCGAUGUGAGGAGAGUUCUUGA